AUGGCCGAUGUCUCUGCCAUGGUGUCGCCGCCGUCGGCGCAAGAUUUGCAGGCGCUGAUGUCGCUUGACCGCAAGAAGGACGAUGAGGAAGCCCUCCCGCCUAACCACCGUGGCAUCGUCCCAUGGCCGCGGCCACCCUACUACCCCAUCAUCGGCAACCUUCUCGACAUCGACUCGACGCAGAUCCAGGACUCGAUUCGAGUACUGGUGAACAAGAUGGGACCGGCGUUUGAGAUGAACGUUCUCGGAAACCAGACAUUUGUUGUUGCGAGCCAGGAGAUGUGCGACUUCAUCUGUAAUGAGGCCAAGUUUGAGAAGUACAUCUCGAAGGCGCUCCAGGAUGUCCGCAACUAUGCAGGCGACGGACUCUUCACCGCCUUCUCGUGGGAGAACAACUGGGACAUCGCCCACCGCAUUCUGGUCCCUGCCUUUGGUCCGAUUCCCAUUAGAAAAAUGCAGGCCGGCAUGCUCGACAUCGCCUCCCAGAUGUUGAUCUACUGGGAGUGCCAUGCCGGACAGCCGUUCGAGGCUGCUAACCACUUCACCCGCCUGACGUUCGACACCAUCGGAUGGUGCUCCUUCAAGUACAGGUUCAACUCGUUCCACUCUGACACGCUCCACCCGUUCGUGGAGGGCAUGUUCGAGCUUCUGCGCGGCUCCGGGCACCGCGCAUUCCGCCCGGCGUUCCUGAACAAGCUGUUUUACAAGGAGAACGCCCGCUACUGGGACACGAUCCAUAAGCUCUGGGCGACCUGCGACGAGGUUGUUGCGCACCGUCGUGCGAACCCCGACCCGGAUGCGAACGAUCUUCUGAACAACAUGAUCAACGACCGUGACCCUAAGACUGGCGAGGCGCUCUCGGAUGAGAACAUCCGCUACCAGAUGGUCACCUUCUUGAUCGCCGGCCACGAGACGACGUCGAGUACGCUAGCCUUCGCGCUCUACUACAUGCUCAAGCAGCCCCGCAUCUACCAAAAGGCGCGCGAGGAGUCGGACGCGGCCAUCGCCGCCGUGGGAGGAAACUACCUCAAGCUGAACCCUUCCCAGUUCCCCUACAUUGACGCCAUUCUGAAGGAGGCCCUCCGCCUUCACUCGCCCGUCCCCGCGUUUAGCGUCAAGCCGAAGAACCCGAACGGCGAGAUUCUACCUGGCGGCUACUACGUUCCUCACGGCAAGCAGAUCAGCUGUGUCGUCGAGAACGUCCACCAGGACAUUGCCUCGUGGGGCGAGGACGCGGCCGACUUCCGUCCGGAGCGUUUCUUCGAAGGCUUCCCCAAGAAGCCCAACGCGUGGAAGGCAUUCGGCAACGGCGCGCGUGCUUGCGUCGGACGCAUCUUCGCCAUCCAGGAGGCGAUCCUCGCGCUUGCGCUUAUCACGGCUCGCUUCGACGUCGAGCUCGCCGACCCGUCGUACACCCUCAAGGUGAAGCAGGCUCUCGCGCUCAAGCCGGACAACUUCAACAUCAAGGCAUACCCCCGCAAGGGCAGGCAUCAAAACCUGCUCAACGAGUUCCUGCUCGGCUCGGCGGCGAUCACCAAGGAGGAGGCUGCGACGGCGAACGGUACCAAAACCCCACCGGUGUCGCGCCGCGGCAAGCUCUACGUCCUGUACGGGUCCAACUCGGGGACUUGCGAGGAGUUUGCGCAGGAGGUCGCGGCCGAAGGUCAGGCGAGCGGAUUCGAGAUCAACAUCGGUGCCCUGGACGACGUCGUCCCUGAUGCCAAGCUGCCGACGGAUGCGCCGGUCAUCAUCUGCACGACGUCGUACGAGGGCCAGCCGACCGACAACGCGCGCGAGUUCAUUCAGUCCCUCCGCGGCCUGAACCCGGAGGACAAGCCGAUGGCCGGCGUGCGCUACAUCAUCAUGGGCGCGGGCCACCGCGACUGGAGCGAGACGUUCCACCGCAUUCCUCUUCUCGUCGACAAGCGUCUCGAGGAGCUCGGCGGUGAGCGUCUUCUCGAGCUCUCCCUCGCCGAUGCCGGCGACGACCUUCUCGGCGACUUUGAGAAGUUCAAGGGCCGCCUUUGGGACCACUUUGGCACGACCGAAGACGCCAAGGACGUCAAGUCCACGACCGCCGACAAGCCCAGCAUCAAGGUCCUCCCCGCGACUGCCAACUCGGCGUCGGGCACCUUCGCCGACAUGUCGACUGGCACCGUUGUGUCGCAGCGUGUCAUCGGCCCCGCUGAGCGCGACCUCCCCGAGACGCGCUACAUUACGAUUCGCCUUCCGGACGGUCAGAGCUUCCAGGCCGGCGACUACCUGAACAUCCUGCCGAAAAACCCGAAUAGCACUGUCGACCGCGUGCUGAAGCACUUCCGUCUCGACGGCAACGCGAUCAUCAGCUUCGACAAGGCGAUGCCGUUCAUCGGCGCCAACACGCCUGUGCGCGCCGCAGACCUGUUCGGUUCGUAUGUCGAGCUCUCUCUGCCGGUCGCGAAGCGCAUUCUGCCCCAGCUUGCGUCGAUGUGCAGCGACGCCAAGGACAAGGCGAAGAUCGACGCCCUCGACGCCGACUACACGCACAGCGUGACGGAGAAGAAGCUCUCGCUGCUCGAGCUCCUCGAGUCGGUCCCCAGCUGCCGUGCCGAGCUCGACUUCUUCCUCGGCAACCUCGCCAAGCUCAAGAUCAGGCAGUACAGCAUCUCGUCCUCGCCGCUCGAGAGCAAGACCGAGGCGACGUUGACGUACACUGUCCACAAGCCUGCGUCCAAGAGCGGAAACGGAACGUACCUCGGCGUAUGCUCCAACUACCUUGCGGGCCUGAGCGAGGGCGACGAGCUCUUCUGCGUCGUCAAGUCCAGCGGCGACUUCCACCUCCCUGAGCCCAGCACGCCGGUCGUCCUCUUUGCGGCCGGAAGCGGUAUCGCGCCCUUCCGUGGCUUCAUCGCUGAGCGUGCGGCGCAGAAGGCCGCAGGCGAGCCCGUCGCCGGAACCCACCUCUACUUCGGGUGCCGUGACGAGACGUCGUUCCUGCACGGUGCCGAGCUGGGCGAGUGGGUCAAGUCUGGUGUUCUUGUCCUCCACCCCGUGCUGUCGCGCAGCCAGCAGGCGUCCUUCAAGAAGGGCGGGCUGAAGGGAACCGCUCUUCCGCCAGCGAAGAAGUACAUUCAGGACCUGGUGUAUGAGGACCGCGAGGCGCUUAGGGAUCUUUACAAGGCUGGAGCGCGGUUCUACACCUGUGGCUCUGGAGCCAAGAUGGCUGCCGACCUCCGCAAGACGGCGGUCCGCAUUAUCAGCGAGCUCAAGGGUGUUAGCGCCGAGGUGGCGGAGGAGAAGAUGGAGGAGAUCUCGAGGGAGAAGUACAAGACGGAUGUGUUCCUUUGA